UAUUAUAUAAAUACUACUUUACGUCGACGAAACUCAAAAAGAAAACUGGUUUAUGAUAUGGCUCCUAUCAUCCUAAGAAAUAUUUAUACCAUCGUACCCUCUGAACCUACAUGGGCCGGUUGUUUUCCAUUAGCCGAAUGGGAUCUAGUUGGUACAAUAACUCACGUUCCUACCGUUUACUUCUAUAACAAGCCAUCUGAAUUGUUCCAGGGCAAUGUAGUCGAAACCCUAAGAAACUCGUUGAGCCGUGCGCUUUUUCACUUCUACCCUAUGGCCGGCCGUCUUAAGUGGCUCCCUCGGGGGCGGUUAGAGCUUGAUUGUAACGCGGAGGGAGUGUCAUUCAUGGAAGCCGAGUCCGAGGCAAAACUUUCAGAUUUCAACGAUUUCUCUCCAACGCCAGAAUUUGAGAAACUUGUUCCGCAAGUAAACUACAAACACCCUAUUGAAACGAUCCCUCUCUUCUUAGCUCAGGUCACCAGAUUUAAAUGCGGCGGAAUAAGCCUCGGCGUCAGCAUUUCACACGCGGUGGUCGACGGACAGAGCGCGUUUCACUUCUUGUCUGAAUGGGGAAGAAUCGCUCGCGGGGAACCUCUUGAAACCACUCCAUUUCUCGACCGCAAAAUCCUCUGGACUGGUAAACCGCUUCCGCCGUUUGCCUCCCCACCUCAGUGCGAACGCAAAGGGUUUGAACAGCCACCGUUGCUGAUCGGAGAAACGGACAAUGUAGAAGAAAGAAAGAAGAAAACAACUGUAGAGAUACUAAAACUUAGCAAAACUCUGAUUGAGAAGCUUAGAAGCAGAGUGAAUACAAGUGAAUACGCUGACCCAGCUAGAGGGUUUACAAGGUACGAGACGGUCGCGGGACAUGUGUGGAGGUGCGCGUCUAAAGCACGUGGGCACUCCCCAGAACAACCCACGUCUCUGGGAAUCUGUGUAGAUACUCGUAGUCGGGUGCAGCCACCUUUACCACGCGGCUACUUUGGCAAUGCCACUAUUAAUGCGGUCGCAAGAAGCACCUCAGGUGAACUCAUAUCGAAUGGGUUGGGUUUCGCGGCCGAAAAAAUUAGUGAAGCCAUAAAGAGUGUGACAAACGAAUACGUAAUGACUGGAAUAGAGUAUCUAAAAAACCAUGAGGAUCUGAAGACGUUUCAAGAUAUACAUGCGUUGGGCAGCACGGACGGUCCAUUCUACGGAAACCCUAAUCUUGGACUUGUGAGCUGGUUAACUCUACCAAUGUACGGCCUUGAUUUCGGGUGGGGAAAGGAGGUCCACAUGGGACCAUGCACGCAUGACGGCGACGGGGGCUCUCUGCUACUACCUGAUAAAAAUGAUGACGGCUCGCUGAUUCUCGCCACGUGUCUACAGGUAGCUCACAUGGAGGCCUUCAAGAAACACUUAUAUGAAGAUAUCUAGGGUUCUAUAUAUACACACAAGUACUCAUAUAUAUAUAUAUAUAUAUAUAUAUGCAUUUCAUUUCCAUUUGAAUAAGGAUUCAAGUAGGGAUUCUACUACUGUUGGUGUGAUUCUUCAUUUGUAAUAACACAUUUACACAUAUAUAGUUAAACUUUAUAUUUUUGCUUA